CAAAAACAAGCGAGGAGAGAAAUAGGGCGCUUCUGAAGGAGGAACGAGCGGUCUUUUUUUUCUCACGGAGGGCACUCGAUAAACGAGGCCAAAAGCGAAGAACGGGAAAUAAGUGCACCAUGGAAAUCAACGAUCACGCGUACACGAGCACCACUUAUGACAAAUACAAUCCCGUGGAUUCCCCAUACAAACUCAGUGCAGAUGAAGUCGAAGAAUUUGUGAAGCUGAGGGUUUCAAACAAGUACCUCUUCUCUGGAAGGAAAAAUACUUCCAUGUGGGCAUGGAGAGCCAUCCUGAAACACAUGGGCUUACAACACAAGAUGACCCACAGUCAAGCAUCCAAAAAAUGGGAAAACAUGAAGAAGAGAUACAAGGAGCUAAAGAACCCGUCGGAUGGAGCAAAAGGGUUGCCCGGCGCUUGGCCUUAUUUCCAUCUGCUGGACGACGCCAUGGAGGGUCGGCUGGAAGGCAGCGCCCCCAUCUUAAAGGCCUAUCCCGACUACGCCGAUUUCCCUCCCAUCUCCAAACCCAAGAAGAGGAAGUUGUCCGUGGCGCCAAACGCUGCUCCACCCGACAUCGAGGGUUCCCUGAACGGAGACGAGGACGAGGAGGAGGAGGCGGCGGAGGACGGAAACCGGGAGAGCGCCGAGUGGCAAGAGAUGGAGCACGGGAGGGACAUGAUGGACGGCGAGAGGCGGCUGAUGGUGAGGGAGAAGCAGGUGAUGGAGAGGGAGAGGCAGGUGAUGGAGAGGGAGAGGCAGGUGGUUGAGAGGGAGCGGCAGGUGCUGCAGAGGGAGAGGGCGGCGCUGGACAGGGAGUUUGCCGCCGUGGACCGGGACAGAGCCUCGCUGGAGAGGGAGAGGGUGACGGUGGACAGGGAGAAGGCCGUGAUGGAGAGGAAGAGGGCGCUGGUGGAGAAGGACAAAGACACCGUGAGGAGGAACCGGCUGGCUCUGGAGCGAGAGCGAGCCGGGCCAGGCGGCCUUUCGGAACCCAAAGAGAAGGCGGAGGAGGCCGCAGGGGGCGGCGGCCAGGAGAAAGACUCGGUUGUCACGGACAGGACGGAGCAGUUCCUCAACUUGUUUGAAAAACUGAUUGAGAAUCUUUGAUGCGCUGGUUUAUUUAUUUUUUGGUUCUGGUAUUCCACCUCGGUUGCAUCAAUUCAAAAUGCUCGUACUUCAAUGAAAACUUUGAGCCACUCCUAGUUUGGAGAGGUCUUCAACAACUUUAUUCACUUUGUGGUUAUUCCAUACAGAGCACACAAUUGCAAGCUAUUAGCAUUAUUCUUCAACCCAAUCCACAAUCAGAACACCCCCCCGCUCUGAUUGAAUGGACAUUAGAGCCUUUGGUAUCUGAUACUGUACGUUUGAAAUUUAAUAUACCAAAUAUUCCAGAUCUUGUAAAAAAUAUUUUUUCCAGAAUAAAUCUUUUAUAUUACAGUACAGACUUU